ACAAAAUUAAUUAUAAAAAUGAACAAAAGAACUACGGUAUUAUAUCUAGUACUUAAUGUAUUUUUUUCGAUACUAAUAGUCUUGUUAAACAAAUGGGUGUACUAUAACAUUGGUUUUCCAAACAUAACUCUGUCAAUGAUACACUUUAUAGUGACAUUUAUUGGGUUGAUAAUUUGUGAAAAAUUUGAUGUAUUUUGUAUAAAAGAUGUUGCUGUUAAAGAAAUGUUAUUUAUUGCAAUGACCUUUUGCGGUUUCGUUGUGCUGACAAAUUUGAGUUUAGCACACAAUACAGUUGGGACUUAUCAGAUUGCUAAAAUGUUGACAACUCCAUGUGUCAUUAUCAUACAAAUGUCAUUUUAUAACAAACACUUUGGUCUCCCAGUUAAAUUAACACUCAUUCCAAUUGUAUUGGGAGUAAUUAUUAAUUUUUAUUACGAUAUACAAUUUAAUAUUCUAGGAACUAUUUAUGCGACUCUUGGAGUACUUGUGACAUCGCUUUAUCAAGUGUGGAUCAAUCAAAAACAAAAAGAACUACAAAUGGACCCUAUGCAACUUUUGUAUUAUCAAGCUCCUUUGUCUGCUCUAAUGCUCUUAUUUAUUGUACCUAUUGUUGAACCUGUUGGUAGUACCUUGAGCCACAAUUGGUCUAUUUUUGAUAUGGUCAUGGUCCUGUUUUCUAGUAUUGUAGCAUUUUUUGUUAAUCUUACGUCUUAUUGGAUCAUUGGAAAAACAUCGCCCUUAACAUACAAUAUGGUUGGACAUUGUAAAUUUUGUUUAUUAUUAUUAGGUGGUUCAAUUGUAUUUAAAGAAUCUCUAGCGUUAAAUCAAGCUAUUGGAAUUACAUUAACUUUAGGAGGAAUUAUUUCUUAUACUCAUAUGAAAGACAAUCAAUUGACUGCAGAGUCACAAAUUGAAGAAGGAAAGCCUUUUGUGCAUAAGAUAUAA